AUGCAACUCCUCACCAUCCUCUCCCUCCUCACCACCACCCUCGCCACCCCCCUCCUCGUGCCCAGAGACACCUCCACCGUCUCCUACGACACCAAAUUCGACGACGCCUCGACCUCCCUCAAUACCGUCUCCUGCUCCGACGGCGUCAACGGCCUCGUCUCCAAGUAUCCCACCUUUGGCGAUUUGCCGGGAUUCCCGCUCAUCGGGGGUGCUCCUACCGUUGCGGGCUGGAAUAGCCCCAACUGUGGGAAAUGUUAUGCGGUUACGUACGGCUCGCAGACGGUGCAUGUUAUUGCUGUUGAUGCGGCGCCGGGUGGUUUCAACCUGGGGGUACAGGGAAUGAACAAGUUGACUGAUGGACGGGCGGUUGAGUUGGGGAGAGUGGAUGUUAGUUAUUCGGAGGCUGAUAAAGCGUUGUGUGGGUUUUAG